GCCGUCCCGGUCCGCCACCAGCAGGGGGCGGGCGCGCCGCCUCCGCGCUCUGCUUUGCCUGCGCGGCGGCUCCGCCGGGCUUCCUGCUCCGUCGCGCGGGUCGGGGCAGCCGCGCCGGGACCCGCACACACCGGGUGGCUAUUUUUAAUGCAGUAGUUUCUUUAGCUGGGUGAAGACUAACCAUGAGAAUAGCAGGUGCUGCAAAGUUUGUGGUAGUCGUAGCAAUAUUUUUAUUGACGUUUUAUGUCAUAUCUCAAGUAUUUGAAAUCAAAAUGGAUGCAAACUUAGGACACAUAUUUGCUAGAUCAGCUCUGGAUGCAGCUGCACACUCAACAAAACCUCCAAGAUACAAAUGUGGGAUCUCUAAAGCUUGUCCUGAAAAGCAUUUUGCAUUCAAAAUGGCAAGUGGAGCAGCAAAUGUAGUUGGACCUAAAAUUUGUGUAGAAGAUAAUAUUUUAAUGAGUGGAGUUAAAAAUAAUGUUGGCAGAGGAAUAAAUGUGGCCUUGGUCAAUGGUAAAACAGGAGAAGCAUUAGACACUAAAUUCUUUGACAUGUGGGGAGGAGAUGUGGCACCGUUUAUUGAAUUUCUGAAGUCCAUCCAGGAUGGAACAAUAGUGUUAAUGGGAACAUAUGAUGAUGGUGCAACCAAGCUUAAUGAGGAAGCACGGAAACUGAUUGCUGAAUUGGGAAGCACAUCUAUUACUAACCUUGGCUUUAGAGACAACUGGGUCUUUUGCGGUGGAAAAGGAAUUAAGACUAAAAGUCCAUUUGAACAGCAUAUUAAGAACAACAAGGACACAAACAAGUAUGAAGGCUGGCCAGAAGUUGUUGAGAUGGAAGGCUGUAUCCCUCAGAAGCAAGACUAAAUGAAAACAAAAGGAAAAGAGAAAGGAUGUGGAACAAAAUGCACUUUCUACUAUUAUUAGGGAGAGGGCUAUGAAGGAGACUGUACUGUAAAUAAUAUUUUUAAAGCAUGCAACCAUCUUGUCGGUGUGUGCAUGAGCACUGACAUUUUGAAUAUUGGGAUUAUUUAUUGCUAACACACAUGGAAAAACUUUUUGUAAAUACGUCCAAAAUAAAAGAAACAUCAAAUUAUUUCUAUGCAGGUUUCUUAAAAGCACAGUGUUUAGGUUGCCUGUGGUAAAUAAUAUCUUGUAGACCAACUGGCUAAUAAAUUGCAUAUGCAGAGAAUAAACAGAUCCUGACAAACGUUGUACUGUCCUCUUAAGUGUAAUGUUGCUGUGAUAUGUAACCUUUGUGGAAUAUUGUAGAUUUUAGUGGUAAGUUAAUAAAGAGCUUUAAUUUUUUUUAUCCUCUGCCUUUUUAAUGGCAGCAUCACUUUCUAUUAAAGCUGUUUGGAUAUUCUAAUACCAGAUGCUCCAGAAAUUUAUUUUGUAGUCCCUCAUCAAAACUGAAUAAUCAGGAAAGGAAGAGUAUGUGACAGUGCAACACAGAUAUGCCAUGAGAAGCACAAUAGAAAUUAUUUUUGUUAGGGGAAGAGUAAAAUUAAAUAUAGAAGUAGUGUGCAUGAUAAAGCAGUUUGGAAGGAUUUGUACUUGAAAUGAAUGUUUACUUUGUGGAAGAGACUUGGCAUGUUAAACAGCAGUACUGUUGCCAACUUGUUCAGGUUUUAUUGCAAUUCUUAUACUGCUACUUAACCAUUGUUUCUGUCAGGAAUAAAUUUCCUAUCACAAAGAACCUUUUAGAAAGUAGUCUGCCUUCUAGUGAGAGUUGUUUCAGGAAACACAAUUGUUCACCUUCGCCACCUAUGUUACAUCUAAUGUGAGCUGAGGUAAUUUGUUCUUGCAGUGAGAUGUUAGAGAAAUUAUUGUGUCUUGGGUUAUGCAAUGUGUGACAUUUAAACUUAACUGACAAUGUUUCCUUCAUAAUUUUUCUUUAAAAAAUGGACCAAGUUGAAGUGGCCUUUUUUGUUAGCUUGUAACAGGGCUGUAAGAAUCCAUUGCUUCUUUUCUUUUUUUAUCUUUGAAAAAUUCUCUUUCUUUUAGGUAGAGCCAGACUGAACUUUUGCUGAAACUAAGUAUGGUAUAAUUGACGGGUUUGGUAUUCACAAAUUAGGGACUGACAGAGAAUUGGGUGUAAUUUCAUGGAGCUUUGUCAUGAGUUCUGGUAUAAUCUUCAGAAACUUCUAGCUAGUACCAUGGAGCAAAAACCAUAAAAGAUUUUUGAAGAACCCACAAGUAGAACACAGUGGCACUAAAAAUACUGUUAUUGUUGAUGUCUUUUGAGACAAAUUUAAUUCUGUGCUUUAAAAAUUUCAAGCAAUAUUGGAAAUUACUUUGUAAGUCAAAUAAAUAACUUGAUAUCAGAGAGAGACUGGAUUCUGAGUUGUUCUGUAUGUUUGGCUUGUUAAAUAAUGUGUUUUUUCCUCAGGUUUAAUGUAGGACAGCAAUAAAAUGCACCUUAUACAUGGAAACUGCUUUUGUUAAAUCUUCAUAUUUUCUUUUGUAGGAGGACAUGUCAAAAUCCUGUGUAUUUUUUCAUCAAAGCGAAUUCCUGUUUGAAAUAAUUGGAAAAUAACUUCAUUUCAUAACAUUAGAUUAUUGCCAAAUCUAAUUGUGUAAGUCCUGGAAUUUUCACAGCAAUACAGUUUUGUUGGUGUAUAUGCCAGUAUUGGCUAUGCUGCUAUCCAGAAUAAUAUUAAAAUAAUUUGGAAGCUACUUGACAGGGGCCUAAAGG